AUGAGCGAUGGUCGACAGUCAAAGGUGGUGGCAGCAAACAACGACGAAAAGAUUAUGGAAGGAAACUAUCAGAAUGCGCAAGUGUGUCACCACAGAGGCCCCGUUGGUGAUUAUGGGUCACGGGAAGCCAAGGGAAGCGACGAGGCGUCUAUGUAUGCUGUAGACUUUCCCGUUUCUCGGCCUUAUAGAGUGGGCUCCAAUUGGUUGUUGGAGUCCGCUCACGUUCGAUAUGCACCAUCAAGGACAGCGACGCUGCUUCAAACGUGA